UUCCCUUCUCCUUCCUCCCCACUAUUCUCUCCACCGUCACCCAUUAUUCACUUCCGGUCACCGGAUUAUUCAUCGACGACAAUGAGAUUUCAUCCAUGUCCAUGCACAUUGUCUACCCUUUCACCACAACAUGAUCAAGAACCUGAAUUAUCAGAUUCUCAAAGAAAUCAAUCUGAUUCAAAGUCUCUUUCUUCACUACCGAGUCUGCCUUCAGUUGCUUCGUUAACUUCGCAUUCCCAACCACCAUCAACCACCGCCAACUACCACUACAUCACCACUUUCAAAGCCCACACCUCCUCUAUAUUCUCCCUCGCCCUCACCGGAAAACACCUCCUCUCCGCCUCAUCUGAUGGCCAAAUCCGCAUAUGGCCUCGAGACCCUUCAUCGAUAUCAUCAUUAUCCCAGUCUCCACCACUUCCACCAAUCGCUUCCGGCGAAUCUUCUGUGAAAUCCAUGGUGGUUCACGGUGACAGAUUAUUUACCGGCCAUCAAGAUCAUAAAAUCCGCGUAUGGAAAUUAGACGAAAAACAAGAAACGAUCAAAUGUAUUGCGACGUUACCGACACUCAACGAUCGUCUCUUGAAGCUUGUGUUCGCGAAAAACUACGUUAAAAUACGGCGGCACCAGCGGUGCACGUGGGUGCAUCACGUGGAUGCUAUCUCGUCUCUGGCUUUAUCGAAUGACGGUUCAUUAAUAUACUCCGGUUCAUGGGACCGGACGUUCAAGGUGUGGCGGACGAUCGACUUCAAAUGCUUGGAAUCUGUAUGGAAUGCUCACGAUGACGCCAUUAAUGCCGUCGUGGUGUCUCAUGAUGGGUACGUUUACACCGGCUCAGCAGAUCGGAAAAUUAAGGUGUGGAAGAGACACGGCGGUGAGAGAAAACAUAAACUGGUGGAUACUUUGGAAAAACACAAAUCGGCAGUGAAUGCUUUGGCUUUAAGCACUGAUGGAUCUGUUUUAUAUUCCGGUGCGUGUGAUCGGUCGAUAAUUGUAUGGGAGAAAGCCGGUGGCUGCGGUGGCGAUGGGUGGCAGAUGGUGGUAGCUGGUGCACUUAGGGGGCAUACUAAGGCGAUUUUAUGUAUUACGGUGGUGGCGGAUGUGGUGUUUAGUGGGUCAGCGGACAAAACGAUUAGAGUAUGGAGGAGGGGUAUUGAUGGUAAAAGUUAUUGCUGUUUGGGUGUUUUGGAAGGGCAUAAAAGUCCAAUCAAAUGUUUGGCUGCUGCAGAGGAGGUUUGUACUUCUGGAAGCUCUGGUGGUACAUCUUAUCUAGUUUUUGGUGGGAGUUUGGAUUGUGAGAUAAAGAUGUGGAAAUUAUGGGUACCAUUUCUUUGAAUAUUAUUAUUCUUUGACCAAAUUUGUGUGAUUAUAAAUAUUUUCAGGAUUUACUUUAAAUCUUUUAAUGUUAAUAUGAGAGAUUGAGAGUGAUAUGUUUCUUUGGUAUUUUAUUAAUCAGUAAUAACGUAUUAACGAUUA